CCGUAGAGCAAGGUUGGCGGCUCUCGGCCAAGCAGGCUUCAUUGAUCAUCCAGCUUGCUGUUGUGAACACUCUACCGCCCCUCGGCAUCCUUUGCGGUAGCCUCUUUCGUCUCGCUUCUUCCCUCUAAUCACAGUUUCUGAGAUUUACUUGCCUUCAAAAUCCUCCCUUCUGCGACAGCGCACCACGCGAGACGUUUAUCGAUCUACAUCUCUGCAAUCCCAGUGCCGGUAUCAACACCAUGAAUAUCCUCGAGUAUAUGUUCGGCAAGCGCAUGACGCCGGCCGAGCGUCUGCGGAAGAAUCAGCGCAUGCUGGACAAGGCGAUAAGGGAGCUUGACCAGAUGCGUGUGAAACUGGAGAAGCAAGAAAAGACAUUGAUCGGACAGAUCAAGCAGAGUGCGCAAAAGGGUCAAAUGGGCGCCUGCAAAAUCCAGGCCAAGGAUCUCGUUCGGACUAGAAGGUAUAUCGAGAAGUUUUAUUCCAUGAAAAGCCAGCUUCAGAAGAUCUCUCUUCGAUUGCAGACAUACCGCACCAACGAGCAAAUGAUGCAGGCAAUGAAAGGAGCUACGGUAGCCUUGGGGAGCAUGAACCGGUCGAUGAACCUCCCCGCCCUGCAGCGAAUCGCUAUGGAAUUUGAGCGAGAGAACGACGUGAUGGAGCAAAGGCAAGAGAUGAUGGACGAUGCGAUCGACGACGCCAUGGAUGUGGGCGCGGAAGAAGAAAGCGAGGAGGUUGUGGAACAAGUCUUGGAGGAGAUUGGCGUUGACCUGAACUCAGCGGUACGUGGGACCCUACCCUGCCGGCCUCAUGGGGGUUUGUCCGUCGACAGCCCGAGUGGUGCUAACGAAGCAGAUACAGCUCGGAGACACGCCCGUCGGAGUGCAAUCGAAUGCGGUGCAAGAACAGAAGGUAGCGCAGGCCAUCGGGGGCGAUGGAGGCAUGGGGGGUAGCAGCGGGGCGGACGAUGAACUUCAAGCCCGACUAGACAGUCUCAGGCGAUAAAAGGGGAGCCGUGAUAGCCAGCUAUGACUUGGAAGUUGCGGCAUGGGGCAGGGAAUCAUUUGUGCGUCUUCUACCACCAACAAAGGCGUUUUGGAGUUUAUGGAGAAAUUCUUUUGUGUGUACAGGUCAGGCACGCACUUCUGCUGGCGUUUGCCUGCAUUGUUGUAGCCAUGCAGGCAUGUCGGAUGAUGUGGAGGAUGCUACUCUUGGGGCCGGUUACGCUGGGCAUAGAGAUGUGUUUACUUGACAAGUUUACAGUAAGGUACCUUACCUACCUUAGGUAGGUAGCUACCUUAGAUGUGACGAUUUCCGCGGAGAAGCAUCAGAGUCCCCCUUACCAAGGCAAAAUAAUGUUAGUGGUUCCUAUCCG